AUGGCAGCCAUAGGUCAUUUACGGGAGUUCAAUGUUAGUGUUUCUGACUGGACAAUCUACAAAGUGCAGUUAACGAACUACUUCGCAGCAAACAACAUAACCGAUCCCGCAAUAAAAAGGGCAAUAUUUCUAAACUGUUGCAGCGAAAGCAGUUUUCAGCUUUUGAACAGUUUGUGUAUCCCGGAUACUCCACAAGAUAAAGACUUCAAUAAUUUACUGAAGUACUUCGAUACAUACUUCGCUCCGGCGAAAUUAGUUUUUCCAGAAAGACAGAAAUUCUAUAAUUGUUCUAAAGCCAAAGAAGAAUCUGUUCAAGAAUGGGCUGCUCGUGUUAGACAACUGGCUUCCAGAUGCAAUUUCAAAACGGCCGAAUUAUCCACCAUUUUGAGAGAUAAAUUCAUAAUGGGGUUUGAAAAGGGGCCUAUAAUGGACAGGCUAUUCGAAGAAGACGAAACAAAACUCACUUUUGAAAUGGCAAUUGAAGUAGCAUGCAGAAAAGAGGCUACAUGCAAGACUGAAGUGGCUUUUGGAAAUGUGAAGAAAGAGGAGAUGGAGAUGUACUAUUCGAAGACGAAACUUGGACCUGAAUUUCCUGAGAAGAAAUCGAAGCAUGGUUAUGAAAGAAAACUUUUCGAGAAGAAACGGACAACGGAAUGUGAUGUGUGCGAAUACUUAAAUCGAAAUGGAAUUAAAUUGAAACAAGGACCUCCGUAUCAUCCUGCUACUAAUGGACAGGCUGAAAACUCAGUUAAAAAUAUUAAGUUGUCACUAUUAAAAGCUCUAGAAGCUGAACACUCGAACAUAAAUGUUAAUGGAAUCGAAAACUUGAGGUCAGUUCGUUCCCUACAGAUGAUCCCACCUCUACAAUAUAUAGCGCAGCCUCCGUGCUUACCCGCUUCUCGGGAGAAAAACGAUAUUAAAUUAUAG